AUUAAACGGAAAACCCUUUCUUCUUCACUAUCCUUCCUCCUCCAUCUACUUUCCCUCUUCGAGUUGCAGGGCUGUAUCAAAUCCCUUUCCUCGCCUGGUCGCACACCUUCACCCCAGUCUAACACCGCGGGGCAGUGCGUAGCAGCACGGCAAAGCUUCCCCCAUUAUUAGAUCGGUUUUCACUGCCACUAUCCCAAAUUCUAUCACCAUUGGCAACUCCGACCAGCUGUUCAUCUGAGCCAAUUUAAUUUAUUAUACGAGGGAACUGAGGAUGUUACCAAGAUGGACAAGAGCUGUUACUCGUCUCUCAAAGCUUGUGUCAUUAAAUGGCGUGGAAUAUCGGAAAGAUGUCUAUGCCAUUUCUCGCCAAAGCUACGCAAAAACUGUUGCUACUUUGGCACCAGCUCCCCCUGAUUCUGGUGAAAAGGAAUUCGCGAGAAAGUCUCUGGUAAAUUUGGAUAGGUUGUUCUUGUCCAGACCUGGUUCAUUAGCUUUGCCACCAGACUCCCCAGUCAGAGUUGAAGAACCCAAGUAUGAAGGCUUCCGGUAUUUCAUGCUCAAGUUUAUACUUUUUUAUAGUAAACAAAGCAAGUCUAUUCGAGGGGCUAAUGUGAUAUACCGGCGAAUCACUUCCCAAGUGGAUAAACCUGCCAUAUAUGAAGUGUUCAACCUGGAGAAGACCUUUAAAAUGACAUUUUCGCUACUUGUGCUUCAUAUGUGGCUUUGUUUGCGCCGCAUGAAAGAAGAAGGAAAGGAGGGUGUUGAACUUGGGCAGUACCUGUAUGAAAUCUACAAUCAUGAUGUGGAGCUGAGAGUGUCUAAAGCUGGGGUCAACUUACUGCUAACAAAAUGGAUGAAGGAACUGGAGAAGAUAUUCUAUGGAAACAUUGUUGCAUAUGAUGCUGCCUUGCUUCCAGAGCUAAACGAGAUAAGCUACAAAAUGUAUUAUGGAGGAAUGUCUUUUCUGAUGAUGAACAUCAAGCCUGAUGCAAUGGCAAGGUACAUUCGCCGGGAGAUUACUUGUCUGUCUCUAACAGAUAAAGAAACCGUGUUUUCUGGGAAUUUCAUGUUCACUUCAUUGGAGAAUAUGUCAUCUAAUUCUCUGAGAAGAUGAAAUAGAAGAUCCCUGCAGGGUGUAAUUAAGUAGUCUGUUGUUAAUGCGGAGGAUGGCAAUAAGCGGAAAAGGAGACAAAUGAAGUUAUAACCAAUUGCAUAUCACGAAGCUAGCAGAUCAUUCUUGGAGUAACUCUGUUACUUCUUAUUUAUUUGAUUUUGUAGAAAAAUAAUUCACAUAAAUAGCUCUGAAGAAUUUAUGCUAUGUUUUUUAAUUUCUUUAAAAUGAAGGAAGUACAAAGCAGAAUAUAGAAAUGCAAUAUAGCAGACUUUGAAUUUUGUAUUGUUUGGUUGGUAACUAGGGUGAGAAGAGAAGAGUGCACUUGUGAUCUCUUGAAGCAUGGAUGCAAGUUUCUGCAUGUCUUUUUUGGUUUAACAACACGGUGCUUGAUUGAGUUAUGUAAUUUGUUUAAUAAGCAGGAAAGCUGCUGACUA